GCAUAUUCAAGAUCUGGAGUUUAGCUCUGCUCCAAGCAAAGCCAGGACCUCCAAACAGGUGGUGUAUAUGAAUCAAGGUCAAGGGAAAACAAGCUAUGCUCGCAACUCGGGUAUUCAGAAUGCUGAGCAAAAGAGGUUGAAGCCGAUGAUAGAAGCAGCCAUUGCUGAUUUAUCUGGCAGCACAAGCACCAGCGCCUUGUUGCCAACAAAGAUGGUGGUUGCCGACCUGGGGUGCUCCUCUGGUCCAAAUGCAGUGGCAUUAGUGUCGAUCGCCAUCGACGCCAUCCACAUUCACUGCCUCCAGUUCUUACAGCCACCACCAGAAGUGUGCGUGCUCCUCAACGAUCUGCCUGAUAACGACUUCAACACGGUGGUGAAGAGCCUGGUCACACUCCAUCAAAGCAACAACGAACCUAUCGUCGCCACUGGUAUCGUACCGGGGUCUUUUUAUGAGAGGCUCUUCACUAGUGGUUCCUUGCAUCUUGUCUGCUCGUCCAACAGCCUACAUUGGCUCUCAAAGGCUCCUGAGGAUCUAACAAGGAACCAGAUCCCGGCGUAUGACAUUGAUGAGCACACUAGGCUUGAAAGGCACCCUAUGGUCAUUGAGGCUUAUGCACAACAGUUCAGGAAGGACUUCAGAAGUUUCUUGAAGUUCAGAGCCAAAGAAUUGAUCCCAGGAGGCCGGAUGGUCGUCUCCCUUGUAGGGGAUUUUUUGGACUCCGGUGUAAUUGCCCCCAAAUUCUCUCACAUGUGGGAAUUCAUAGCUCAGAUUCUAAGCGUAAUGGUCUCAGAGGGUGUGAUCGACAAAGCGAAGCUUGAUUCUUUCUACGUGCCACUCUAUGAACCUUCCGACAAAGAGCUGAGGGAGAUCAUUCAAGAUGAGGGCUCCUUCUCAAUCAGUGAGAUGCGGGUGCACGGCCCUCAAAGCGGGGUCGACAGCGCACUCAUGGUACCAAGGAGGUUUGUGAAUACGACGAGAGCCGUAUUUGAGCCAAUUAUAGUCCUGCAUUUUGGAGAAGUCAUGGAUGAAUUCGUGAGGACCUUGGAGCGGCGCUGGAGUGUGGAGGGCACCAUGCAAGACGACUUCACCAGAAGCCCACGACCGAGGGUGGCCGUAUCCUCAAGAAGGCAUGACCUGCAGGUUGGGCAGGUGCAGGCUAAGUCCAGCAAGUGGUGCAAGCUGAAAGAGGCUUAG